AUGAAGUCUCAUAACGAGCGACAUUCGGACAACAAGAUGACGUCAUUUAACCUCCCAGUUGUAGACUUUUCCAGCCUGAACAUUGCCGAUGUUAAAGCUAGCGAAUCGCCGGUGUUGCGGGAGACUGGCAAAUUGAAACCAUUGGCUGAUGAGCUAAUGGAGGCCUUAGGAGAAAUGAGACACUUGUUUGAUGUGACCAGAGAAUUUUUUGCUCUGCCUGAAGAUGUAAAGAAGAAGUACAUUCGAAAACCCAACGCUGUUUUUCAUGGAUAUGGUACCAGAGAGAUCGAAAGGCCUAAGCACGUGGAUUCUGUGGAAAGGUACGAGACUUUCAUGGCGUGUCCCCUAUAUGCUGACGAACUGUGGGCUCAGGAAGUGUCUGAGUUCAAACCCGCCUCUCUGGACGUGUUCUAUGAGUUUCAGGAGUUUUCUUACCGUGUUUGUGACGUGCUCGGGGUCGGACUUGGAUUAAAGGACCCUGGUUACAUCAGACGAUCUCACGUGUUCGACUAUGGAGAAUUUCGAAAUACUCUGUACCAUAGUUACCCCGAUGACUUCGUACCUCAACCCGGCCAGCUUCGUUUCGUAGAGCAUUACGACUCUGGAACCGUGUCCUUUAUCUACCAGGACAGUGCUGGCGGACUUGAGGUGAUCGCACACACUCAUUCUUAUCGAUUACCUUAUGUCCGUAUUCUGGGUUAG